AUGCUAACACCAUGCGAGGUUCCUGCUUCUUGUGUGCGCCGUGCCCAGGAGCUGCUCGCUGCCAAUGAGGCCUGCGGUCGCGGCGGCCCCGGCGCCCCGGCCCCUGUAGAGGUCCGGGGCCUCGCCGACAUCCUGUCGCGCGAGAUGCAGACGGCCGCCGCCCGCGCCGCCCGCCUCGCCCCUGGCCUCCCUGCUGUUGGCGGCGCACGCGCAGCCAACGCUGCUCCAGGUAGCCCUGGAGUAGCAAGCGUGUCGCCUGUAGUCCAGAUGGGCCUGCUCCUCGAGGCGGUUCGUGUUGGCGUUGAUACACUUCGUCAACGUUGGAAUUUCGAGCCCUAUGAAUGGGGCGAUGAGACCUUUGGUGUCUCGUCCUCUGAGGAGGACGACGACGAUGAGGAUGAAGAGGGCGCCAACUAG